AAAAUUAUAUGGCAGCACUGGAAAACUUCGCGAUAACCAUCUGGGAGCCACUCACAUCGCUGUUUGUCAUUAUCACAAAAAAUUUAAAUAAAGUAAAAUGAAGAAAGUUUUGGUAACAGGUGGGACAGGACUAGUGGGUAAUGCCAUCAAGACCGUAAUCAACGGAGAAUCUUCCCAGGAUGAAUGGAUUUUUGUUGGUUCCAAAGAUGCUGACUUGACGGACACCAACUCCACCAGGGCCUUAUUUGACCGAAUAAAGCCAACCCAUGUCGUUCAUUUAGCAGCGAUGGUGGGCGGCCUCUUUCAUAACAUGAACAAUAACUUGGAUUUUCUGCGGAAAAAUAUGCAAAUAAAUGACAACGUACUACAAACGGCAUACGAGCACGGAUGCAUUAAAGUAAUUUCUUGUCUCUCCACAUGCAUUUUUCCAGACAAGACUAGCUACCCGAUUGACGAGAUUAUGCUUCACGAUGGUGCGCCUCAUCCUUCCAACUAUGGGUAUUCAUAUGCUAAGAGACUUAUUGAUGUGCUAAAUCAUGCGUAUCACGACAAACAUGGUUGUCUUUUUACGUCUAUAAUUCCUUGCAAUAUCUUCGGUCCUCAUGAUAACUAUAGACCUGAGGUCAGCCAUGUCAUCCCAGGCAUGAUUAAUCGUAUGUAUCAACUGAUAUAUGAAGAAAAAAGUCUGCCAGAUAACGAAAAAGUGUUUGUGGUUUACGGAAGCGGGAAACCACUGCGUCAAUUCAUUUAUUCCUUGGACCUAGCUAAGUUAAUUAUGUGGGUUUUGGAUAAUUACGACAGCGUUGACCCACUAAUUCUAAGUGUAGACGAAGAAAAUGAAGUCACUAUUUUUGAAGCUGCCAAAGCCGUUGCGAAAGCUUUUGACUUUAAGGGGAAACUAAUUUGUGAUACGAGUAAAGCCGAUGGUCAAUAUAAGAAAACGGCCUCAAACAAAAAGUUGCGCAGUCUGUUACCAAACUUCCAAUUCAGUGCUUUUGAAGAUGCCAUUGAUGCCUCUGUAAAAUGGUAUAUUAAAAAUGUAGACAAUGCGAGAAAGUGAUUUUGAUGCAUGCGUGUAAUCUGGGAAGUUUAUUUUUAAUCUCAUUUUGGAGAAUGAUGAAUUUCGAUGAUAAGUAUGGCAAAAGAAGACAAUAUCUUGAUUACAUUGCAUUUUAUUCCACCUUUUAUCCAACUACACGAAAAUGAUGCUUAUUAUUUUGAUUCACUUGAAUUGGUACAGGUAUGCGUAGCAUCCUUAUGUACAUAUAUAUGAGAGGUAUUAAAAUUAUACUUAAAACCUUUUUAAGAAUUUAAAGGAUAAUUAGAACUAUAAGAGGGCAAGAAUGGGCGAACCAGCGCACUUUCAACUGAAAAACAAAAAUGUAUAAAUGGAAGUUUCACGGAUCCAGAACUUUGCAGGCGAUCUGUGGGGAAAAAACUGAAGAAAAUGCAAAUGUUUUCGACAACUGAAGCCGGCUCAUAGAAUUGCAUGCAAAAAGCAUGAUAAGGAUCCAGAAUACAAAAGCUAGACGGUAAUAACAAAUGUCCUUCACGAGGACAGCAACUUAUUUUCGAGAUAGGGAGCAAAAUGAAAGAAAAACGUUGUUGAUGACAUCACAAGAGAACUACGGAUUACUCUAUACACUUGUGUUCAGAAAAUGUCAAAAAAGGGAAUCAAUUUCACUAUACAAAGUAAAGAAUUACGACUGGAAAUUUGUACAACUCGCAUGCCGGAAGGUCAACUAGAAAAUACUGGUUUUCUCCGGCAAAAAGUUAAAAUUUGAUGGCUUCAACGGAUUUAAUAAUAAUGGUAACGAUUUUUGAAAGGACGAACGAUGUUUGUUUCCCCUCCAUGAUCAAGAAGAGAGUAUGGCGUUCUGAACCGCGAUUUCGUAGUCUACAGCAGUUCAGAUAAUAGGCCUGUUCGAGGCACGAAAUAAAAUUACAUCCGCACUGAUAAAAAUAUGCAACACUGUUGCAACUGGUAAAAUGAUGCCCGAUUGGUGAUAGGAACUCGUGCAAGGUCAACAUUUCAAGUUUCCACAAUUACGAAUAAUCCAUGCAAAAAAAGUGUUAAGGGCAUUUUUUUUUAACAUUUGUCGCAUAUUUUCGCACCUUUUUCUUAAUUAUGCUAGCAAAAAUACGCACCGAUUCGCAUUACAGGAGCUGUAAAAACGAGGAUAACGAAGCAAAGUCAUAAUUUUUUCAGCGUUCGUCCUAUUCACAGGACCUAAACUUAAUCGAAAAUAUUUAGAAUGGGUUUUUUGCAAAGUUGGCGUCUCAGACAAUGCAAGUGACGAUUGGCAGUUAUUACUUAACUUUUCAAAGCGCCUCUACAAUUGUCUUCCGGAUAGGGGUUUUUUCCAUAUAUUGGAAUUAAGGAUGUAGUAUCUAAUACUAAAAGUGCUUUAUAGUAGAAUUAAAAUGAAUGGUACGCUUUUAUUGGUUCAAUGUAAUCCUUUCCUUGUGUUAAAGCCACUGUGAAUCAAAAUAAUAAGCAUACAUUUCGUGUAGUUUGAUAAAACUUGGAAUAAAGUCUUAAGUAAUAGAGGUGUUUUCUUCAUUUCCAUCGCUUUUCUUUGAAAUUGAUCGUUCUUCCAUAUGAGGCCAAAAAGAAACUUCUCCGCUGCUCACAAGUCCACAUAUAAGCUUGGAUCAAGAUCCUCAAGAGGAAAGUAUGUGUACCUAUUCAAGUGCAUAUUUAUUUGUUUGUUACGAGAUACAUUUUAUAUGAACAUGUCUACAUAUGUAUGACCAUUUGCAAACUACUUCUAGUGAUAUAUUUUUUUGAGAAAAGACACUUCUAUAACCUCCCCGCAAAAUAUACUUUGAAAGCCAACAA